UCAAAUAGUCAUAACUUUUAAGUAAUCAAACUAUUUUUAGAGUUUUUAUACGUCCAAAAAUAUUCAAACGUUAGCUGUAUUCAGCAAUGGCAAAACUAAUUGGAAUUCAGAGGAACACUCUAUUUCUCGUGUUCUUAGCAAUUUUAAUCUUCAGUGAUGCUGUUCAAGGCUUGACACAGGUGUGCGAUAGGCCUAGCCGUAAUCACGAAGGUAGCUGCACGGACGAUAAAACCUGUAAAGAUGCAUGUAUAGCUGAGCCAGACAGUCGUAUAAUUGGCGGUGUUUGUGAAAGUACUACGUCGGUCAGUCAAAGUGACGUCUCAGAAUGCGUAAAAAAUCGUAUGUCUCAAGAUUUCGGUCGUGCAAUUGCAAAUCGACGCGAUUGUCGCUCACUAAAAGAUCUUAAUAGAGAACGAACUUGCCAGAGCAUAUUGAAGAGCGUUCAAGAAGAUUGCAGAACUGAAAACACAGUCAACACUGGUGAUCGUUGCACAUGCUCAUACCUCUGCUAAAUAUUGUAGAUGAUCACUUUUUAAUGGUGCUCAAAGAUUUACCUCUAUCAUCAACUAUUAUUAAGGCCAAAGGGCAUAUGAAUGCAGCUAGGUAGCCCUCAAUUUUGAUUUCCUUUCUUAUUGUUUAUGUUUUCUUUAUAUUAUUUCAAUCAUGAUUGUACUUGUAACAAUCACGGGUUCUAAGUUUGUAACUUUUAUUAUUAUUCUAUGUGUUUGAUAUU